AUGUCACUCUCCUGCCAAUACGCUGCCCGGCAGUGCGUCCGAUCUCUCCCUUCAUCUCGGCAACCCACACUUCGAUGCGCCAACGCAGCAGUCACUAGGAGAAGACGGCAGGAGUCGAGACGAUGGCAGUCUACCGAAGCAGCAGCACCUUCAAACCCCAAGAUUGCCGGCAUCGUGGAUCAGAUCAGUCAAUUGACAUUACUGGAGACUGCUGAUCUAGUAUCUACGCUCAAAACCCGUCUGAACAUCCCCGACAUGCCCAUGGGAGGCUUCGCAGCCGCAGGACCAGCUCAAGCACAAGCCGCAGCACCAGUAGAGGAGGAGGAAGCGGCGCCGAAGCAGGAGGAGAAGACCCUCUUCAACCUCAAGCUGGAAUCAUUCGAUGCAGCCGCGAAACCCAAGGUUAUCAAGGAGAUCAAGAGCAUGCUGGGGCUGAGCUUGGUGGACAGCAAGAAGUUUGUGGAAGGCGCGCCUAAGCUGAUGAAGGAGGGCGUGCCCAAGGAAGAAGCGGAGAAGACGAUUGAGACGCUGAAGGCGCUGGGUGCUGUCGUCAAGAUGGAGUAA